GUUGGUUAACAAUUAACAGUUUAACGGAUUUGAACAAAUCUGUAUUAACUUUACAAAUGAAAAACUUCAACAAUUUUUCAACCAUCACAUGUUUGUCCUAGAACAAGAAGAGUACAAGAGAGAAGGUAUUGACUGGGAAUUCAUCGAUUUUGGUAUGGACUUACAAGCUUGUAUUGAACUUAUCGAGAAGCCUAUGGGUAUCCUUUCAAUUUUAGAGGAAGAAAGUAUGUUCCCUAAAGCUUCCGACAAGACCUUCUUGGACAAACUGAACACCAACCAUCUUGGAAAAUCACCAAACUUCCAGAAACCCAAACCUCCCAAGCCAGGUCAAAGUGAGGCUCACUUUGCUCUUGUCCAUUAUGCUGGUACUGUACCAUACAACAUUACUGGUUGGCUUGAGAAGAACAAGGAUCCUCUUAACGAUUGUGUCGUUGACCAGUUCAAACACUCAUCCAACAACUUGUUGGUUGAAAUUUUCGCUGACCAUCCCGGUCUUGGUGCUGAUGAUUCAACUGCAUCCAAGGGUGCUGGUGGUAAAGGUGGUGGUGGACGUAAGAAGGGUUCUGGUUUCCAGACUGUAUCUGGUUUAUACAGGGAACAAUUGAACAAACUUAUGACUACCUUGAAAUCAACUCAUCCUCACUUUAUUCGAUGUAUUAUUCCUAACGAAUUGAAAAAACCAGGAUUCAUUGAUUCUCAUCUUGUUAUGCACCAGUUGACCUGUAACGGUGUGCUUGAAGGUAUUCGUAUCUGUCGUAAAGGUUUCCCUAACAGAAUGGGUUACCCUGAUUUCAAACAACGUUAUACUAUCUUGGCUCCUACCGCUGUACCUAAGGGAUUCGUUGAUGCCAAACAAGUUGCCGCUAAGGUUACUGAAGCAAUUCAACUUGAACCUGAAAACUUCCGAUUGGGACACACCAAGGCAUGUAUUUAACUGAAACAAAACGAA